AUGGUGGUGGAGAAUUGCACUGUGUUUGCUGAGUUCGUAUUCUUAGGACUUUCUAGCAAACAGGAAGUACAACGUGUCCUAUUUGUGUGCUUUCUGUUUGUUUAUGGCACAACUGUGGGGAUGAUCCUAUUGAUCCUAUUGAUCAAGAUGGACUCCAGACUCCACACACCUAUGUACUUCUUCCUGAGUAAUCUGUCUUUCUGUGAUGUCUGUUUAUCCUCUUGUGUAUCUCCCAAGAUACUGGCUGAUUUUUUAUCUGAGGAAAAGACCAUUGCAUAUAAAUUCUGUUGGAUUCAGUUGUAUUUUGGAGAAAUGUUUGGAGAUACGGAAUGUCUCAUGUUGGCUGUCAUGGCUUAUGACCGUUAUAUAGCCAUUUGCAAUCCACUUCUUUAUACAAUUGCCAUGAACAGGAAACUCAGUAUCAUGUUGGUUUUACUCAGCUACACCAUGGGCUGGAUGAAUUCUACAAUCCAAACUUACUUAACUUUUCAGUUAUCAUUCUGCAAAUCUAAUACCAUCAAUCACUUUGCAUGUGAGAUUCCUCCCUUACUUGCUCUUGCCACCUCAGAUACAUCCUUCAAUGAGAUAAUAAUGUUCUUGUUUGGUACCAUUAUUCUGGGCUGCAGCAUCUUCACUGUCUUCCUCUCCUACAGCUACAUCAUAGCUACCAUCCUUAGAAUGAAAACAGCUGAAGGGAGAUACAAAGCCUUCUCUACCUGUGCCUCCCACUUAAGCACUGUGGGUCUCUUCCAUGGGACACUUCUCUAUAUGUAUUUUCGACCCAGCUCCAGUUACUCUAUGGACACUGAUAAAAUGACUUCUGUUUUCUACAUUGUUGUCAUACCUAUGUUAAACCCAUUGAUCUACAGCUUAAGAAAUAAGGAUGUAAAAGGUGCCCUGAGAAAAACAGUGAACACACAACUAUGCCCUGGCUAA